CUUGUUAACUACAAUUUAAGGUUAGAUUCGUUUAAAAUUGAUGUUAUGAACAUUAAAAUUGUUCCAGGAAGUGAAUUAACUUAAGAUAUUUAAAAAAUGAGUACUACUAUCCUUGGAGGAGGUCUAGGAGGGCUUUCUGCAGCAUAUUACUUACUGAAGAAAGAUCCAAAAAGUGUAAUAACAUUAGUUGAAGCAUCAAACAGGGUUGGUGGAUGGAUUAAAUCCAACACACAGGAUGAUGGAGUGAUUUUUGAGCAAGGCCCACGUACAGUACGUCCUAAAGGACCACAAGGUGCAAAUACACUAGCAUUAAUUGAGGAACUUGACUUAUCUAGUCACAUCAAAGCAAUACCCACAUAUCAUCCAGCUGCUACCAAAAGAAUGAUAUAUGCCAACUCAAAACUGCAUUUAUUACCAGCCAGUUUCACAAGUCUCUUCAAAAAACAAACGCCGUUUUCAAAACCAUUAAUAUCUCUGUUGUUCAAAGAUGUUAUCACUGGUAAACCAGCAGUGGCAAUAAAAGAUGAAUCAAUUUAUGAUUUUGUUACAAGAAGAUUCGGUACAGAGGUCGGGGAUUAUUUAAUAUCACCGAUGAUUUGCGGAAUAUGCGGGGGUGACGCAAAGCAGAUAAGCGUCAAGUUUUUAAUGGAGGGUUUGUUUGAAAAGGAGCAGAAACAUGGGAGUAUUACAAGGGGUAUCAUUGCAAGUUGGCUUAAUAAAGAAGAAAAAAAGAACGAAAAUAAACCAAGGAAUGAUUUGUAUCAACGAUCAAUUAAUGAACGUUGGAAUGUUUAUACUUUUGAUAAUGGCAUUGAGAGUCUACCGAAAAGACUUGAAGAAGUUUGUCGCGCGAAUGGUACCCGGUUUGAAAUGGAUGCUAAGUGUACAGGGCUGGACUUUUCCGCGAAAAUCACAACAGAAUUAAGCAAUGGUAGAGUUUUGACAAGUGAUAAACUAAUAAGUUCAAUUUCCGCAGAGAAUUUAAGCGCGUUAUUAAUAAAUAAACAUCCCGACUUGGCAAAACUCCUUCAGCGCAUAAAAACGGUAACAUUGGCGGUUGUUAACUUACAAUUCAAUGAAAAGCUCCCGAUUGAAGACGGUUUUGGAUUCUUGGUGUGCCCGAAAGAAAACCGGCCGAUCCUAGGUGUGAUUUACGACAGUUGCUGUUUUUCUUACACCGAUAAGACUGUUCUGACUGUGAUGCUCGGCGGACACUGGUUCUACGAUCACUUCAAUGAUAAUACUUCAGAGGAAGAGUUUCUGCACGUAGCAUUAACGCAAGUCGCAGAUAUCUUAAAGAUUGAUCAACUUCCCGAUAAUUACAAAGUUAAUCUAUUGAAAAAUGCGAUUCCGCAGUAUACAGUAGGGCACAAGGAGAACCUCGAACUUAUUCAGCGGUAUAUCGAUGCGAAGCGCCUGAAAUUGCAUCUUUGCGGAAGUUCGUAUCAUGGUGUCGGUAUCAACGAUGUCAUUAUGUCGGCAAGAAACAUGGCGGAUGAAAUCUAAUUCAUAUUUAUAUUAUGUUUCAAUUAAGCGCUGCUUCUUUUCCUGUAAUAAAAACAAAACCAAGCGA